UCGCUGAAACUUGAGCGGUCCUCCUUUCCUCCGCCAGAAUUCAAGGAAUGUUUUUCCCUCUACGAUAAGAAGCACAAAGGCAAGAUCCAGGCCAGCGACCUCAUCACCGUGAUGCGCUGCCUGGGGGCGAGCCCCACCCCAGGCGAGGCGGCCAAGCACCUCCAAGCACACAAAGUGGGCAACAACGCAGAGCUGGAUUUCUCUACUUUCCUGUCCAUAAUGUACCGGCAGAUGCAGCAGGAAGACCCAGAGAAUGAAAUCAUGCUCGCCAUGCUGAUGGCAGAUGAGCAGAAGACGGGCUCCAUCUCCGUGGUGGAGCUGAAAGCGAAGCUGACCGGCCUGGGAGAGAAACUGUCCGAGGAAGAAGUGAACGACCUUCUGAAAGGAGCCAACGUGGGACACAACGGACUGGUCCAGUACGAAGAUUUGGUCAAAUCCAUCACCCUUCCGGUCGUGGUGGACCACUGAGAGGCAGGCCUGGAGCACGAAGAGCCCCUCCGGUCCCCUCGGCCAUUUGCUCACCUAACAGAAUAAACGGUUUGCCUGCCGAGAGCGGCCUGUUGAGAGAUGGGAGUUCUUCACACAGCCCAAGUAAAAAAUCUUGCUGGAGCAUCUGCUUGGAACACAGAAGGUUCCAGUUUGAUCCCAGACAUCUCCCUUAAGGGAAUCAAACAGGAAGUGAUGUGGGAGACCUCAGCCUGAGA